CUUCAGAUGACCAUACUCUGGUUGUUUUUCCUCCUUCAAGCAGCACAUGCGGGCAAAAUUACUGAAGAAGAGAAUUUGAAGCUGAAGAAAAGGUGCAGCAAGUUUGCAGUGGCACCCAACGUGUACAAGCGAUAUCGAGAAAACCAAUUAAAAUAUCCCUUUGUGUUCGCUACGUCCUGGACUGAUAAUGGGUCCCAUAGCCCACCUUUAUGUAGCGGCGUGCUGAUUUCAUCUCGCCACAUUCUGACCGCCGCACAUUGCUUAGUCAUGGAUGAAAAGGAGACAUGUAAACAAAGAUCGGCUUUACAAGAAACUCCCGCCCAAAAUGUUGGUGUUUUUCAAAGUUCCUGCAGUACUGAGGAAUGCUGGAUGGGGAAGGAUGUUGCCAAAGUAGCAGUUGUACAUAAACACCAAAACUUCGACGUGGAUGAAUUUUGUGACAAGAGAACAACAUAUGAUAUGGGUAUGAUCGAGCUCGAGCAGGACAUACCAGAUUUCAAGCCUAUUUGUAUGCCCCAAGAGCAUGAUAUCAUUCCUCAAAGGCUUAUAUCCAUUGGAUACGGAAAUUAUAGUAACGAUUAUUCUAUAAAAGCCGUGGUUUACGAAAGCGUAAAUGAAGACCCCGAUAUGAAAGAUACACUCUUGGCGUAUACUAACCGUAGGAAUGAAUCAACACUCCAUGGAGACAGUGGUGGGCCAUUGCUUCAGGUACGAGGAGGGAAAUACUAUCUUGUUGGCAUAACAUCGAAAUCUACGAAGCCACCUGCAAAGGAGUUUGUAGGCUAUUUCGUCGAUGUGCGAAAGAAACUGAAAUGGAUUUGCGAUGAGACUGGAGUCUGCCCGCUUACUGAUUCUGGAGAAAGCAAGAAACCACCCUCAGAAGAGGAGGAAUCGUCCUAAGAAGCCAUUUUCUGACAACGUUCACGACGAAUGAAAGAAGCAAAUAUUGUGGAGAUGUGAACAAAUAACGUUGUCUGUUGCCGAUAAACAUUUUUGCAUCA